GUCAACAACCCCGUUCGUUUCCUCUUCAUAUCGAUCACCAUGGCCCACCCGGAGCACGACCACGCGCACGACCACGACCACGAGCACGACCACCACCACGAGGACGUGGACUCGGAUGACGAGAUCCCGGCCCUUGAGGAGGCCCCGGACGCCGCUGACGCCGAGAAGGGCAAGCACAACCGCUCGGAGAAGAAGUCGCGUAAGGCCAUGCAGAAGCUCGGCAUGAAGCCCGUGGGCGGCAUCAUUCGCGUGACCAUCAAGAAGAACAAAAACGUGCUGUUCGUCAUCUCCAAGCCGGACGUGUUCAAGAGCACGGUCAGCGAGACCUACGUCAUCUUCGGUGAGGCCAAGAUCGAGGACCUGAACGCCCAGGCCCAGUCUAUGGCUGCCCAGCAGUUCAAGGCCCCUGCCGCUGAGACCCCCGCAGCUGACGCCGGUACCGCCCCCGCUGCCGCCGCCGUUGAGGAGGACGACGAGGACGUCGACGACUCGGGCAUCGACGCCAAGGACAUCCAGCUGGUCAUGAGCCAGGCUGGCGUGAGCAAGAGCAAGGCUGUGGCUGCUCUGCGCUCCAACGACAACGACAUUGUCAACGCCAUCAUGGAGCUCACCAUCAUUAAGCGGCGGCGUAUGGAUCUGAGUGAAAGCACAAAUAUUGACUUCAACUUUGGAUCCGACGAGGACGAGAUGGCGGAAACAGUUGCAGCGGUAGCUGCCGUGCAGAUGCCCGACAAGUUGCCAAUCACGGAGCAAAAUAUCACUAAAGAUGUCCAUGGAGGCCUGUUACUGUCAGCGGUUAAGCGCCAGAGAGAAGGCAGAAGCUGGGCGACGCAAGACCAGCCGAAGAAACCUCACGUCGAAUCAGAAGUGCAGGAAUCUGGAGAAAUGCCACGGGAAGAAGAAGAAUCGAGCAGUGAAGAAGAUGACGAGGCUGUAGACGUCGACAGUGAUGAUGGCAACGAGGGCGUCUCUGGUACUAGCAGCGAAGAGGACGCUGCUGCUACCAAUUUGGGCGCAGGUGUGAUCAGCAAUGACAGUGAUGCCGAUGAAGGCGACACUGAAGCCGACCAACCUCAAGAAGAAGAAUCGAGCAGUGAAGAAGAUGACGAGGCUGUAGACGUCGACAGUGAUGAUGGCAACGAGGGCGUCUCUGGUACUAGCAGCGAAGAGGACGCUGCUGCUACCAAUUUGGGCGCAGGUGUGAUCAGCAAUGACAGUGAUGCCGAUGAAGGCGACACUGAAGCCGACCAACCUCGUGCCGCGCAGACCAUCGUGGUCUAA